AUGAAUAACAUUAUCGUCGUAGUCAGUGCCCUAGGAACUCAAGGCGCUAGCGUCAUCUCAGCCUGCCUCUCUUCCCCUGUCCUCUCAAACUACAAAAUCCGAGCUCUGACAUCAAAUCCAACCUGCGAAGCCGCUACCAGCUUAGCAGCCAGCAACUCCCGGAUCACAAUCCAUGGCACCGACCUUAACUCCCUCAAGAGCGUCACUCAAGCAUUCGAGAAUGCGACGCUCAUCUUUGCAAAUACAGCCUUCGAUCCCCAAACCUUUAUUGCAAGCGGUCCCACCGCUGCACAGACACGCGAAGAAACCCAGGGGCUGAAUAUUGCACGCGCUGCAGCUCAGAUCCCCUCGCUGAAACAUUUGAUAUGGUCAACGUUGGUUGAUACCGAUAGCAUCACGGAUGGGAAGAUUGUGACACCGCAUUUUCAAUCCAAGAUCCCUGCGGAAAAGUAUUUGAGGAACCCGGAGAAUGGGAUGGCUGACCGAACGACGUUUUUGCAUGUUGGGUUGUAUGCGUCUGUUUUCCAACGGAUGCCAUAUACUCCGAUUUUUGUGAAAGAGGCCCAGAAGUAUAUCAUAACCCUACCUUGUGCCACCCAGACCAAGAUCCCAUUUGUCGGUGAUGAAACGUUGAACAUCGGCCUCAUCGCGCAUUCCAUCUUCAUGCAACCAGAGAAAACACUAGGCCAAACCGUCUCAGGAGCAAUCGAGUACUUGACAGGCCCAGAAAUAGCUUUGGCAAUAUCCAACGCGCUAAAGAAAAUUGCGUCUCAGCAUCCCGGCGCAAUUCAGUCCACGCAGGUUGCUUAUAUCGACACGACGUUGGAGUCUUAUGAGGCGCUCUGGGGCUCUGUGGGAUUAGAAACGGGGCUUAUGUUUAAAUUUAUAAAUGACUUUCCGAGUAUUGCUGAAAGUUACGGUUCGGAUGGCCGAUCUAAGUCUCUAUUGACACCUGCUGAGCUUGGAUUAAAGGAAGAAUUGAGACUGUUAGAGCAGCGCCUUGAGGACUUGGACUGGAAGACUGCCCUAGCAUAA